AUGCCCACGAGCACCGGAGAGCGAUUUUAAGUAAGCCCGCACAUCCCCGUGUCGAUUGCUGCCAGUCUCGUGCUGGGACCUUCCACACUGUUCUUCGUUUUCACGUGUCCUUGGCUUAUGGAGAACUCGUCCCUCGUUAUCCCAGCAUGCCUUGGCAUCACGUUCCUCUUCGUUGUGGCAAGCUUUGCCAUGGCAACAUUUAUGGAUGCCAGCGUGCUUCCAAGGGCUAAUGAUGAGGACAACAUCCCAGCUCCCCUUUAUAAGAACGUGGACAUGCAGGGAGUCCAUAUGAAGUGGUGCACCUCCUGUCACUCUAGACCCCCACAGGGCUCCCACUGUAGUAUGUGUGACCACUGUGUCGAGGACCUUCGCCACCAUUGCCCAUGGAUGAACAACUGUAUCUGGACACAGAACUACCACUGCUUCUUGCUCUUCCUGCUGUCUCUCAGCAUCCACAUGGUGGUCAUUUUCUCUGGGGGGCUCCUGCAUGUACUGGAUCACCCCCAAGACUUGUGGGAGCUGAGCACAGCUGUCACGCUGGCGGUCAUAAACACGUCGGGCCUUUUCUUUGUCCCCGUCAUGGGCUUGGCAUGCUUCCAUCUGUUUCUGGUGGCAAGAGAGCGAACUACGAACGAACAGACGCAGCCUGCACAAAGGUUGGAGGUCCCGGAGUGCAAGAGGCAGAACACUCCACCUAUACUGCCUCCUAAACCUGACCCAGCUCUGCUCAAGAGACACCUGGUCUCUAUGGAGAACUUAGAGCACAUACUCCAAUACAAACCUGCUAUGCUUCCUGCCCAGGACAUGAAUAAAAUCGGUCCAUUAGAGUCACCUUCCAGAAUGCACUACCACGUGGGGAAGAGAGAAUGCCCCCAGCUUCAGGUCAGUGCUAGUGCCCAAGAAUCCAGUCUAGAGCAACCUGAGAAGCAAGGUCCUAUCUCUAUCAAUCUGGCCCUACAGUGCAGCUCCUUGCCUCUGAACUCCAUCACCCUCAACACGCAUGCACCUAGUCUGAAACAGGGCCACUACCAAGGGGUCAGAGCCCAUCUGCUCAGCCAUUGUCCACGGGCCCUGUCCUCACACCCUGGUGAGAUAAUCCUCUCGCCCAGUGCCAUGAGUGGGCAUGCCAGCAGUCUCUCUUAUGACAGCCUGCUUGGCUUGGCCAAGCUAGCACAGGAUGAGGUGUUGCAGCUAGGCUACCUACCUCCCUUCUUCCCCUUGGAGUCGGGUCUGGGCAGCCCCACUGACCCUCUCCGCUUGCGCCCCCACACCUGCAGGCAGGUGCAGUCACACCUGUGUCGCGAGUCCUUGCCUGUGAUACACCAUGACAUCCUCUCCACACCCUUGAUGAGCUCCACCCAGGAGCAUGGCAAGCUGGAGGAUCAUCAGAAACAGCUCCUGGUGCUUCAGGUUCAACCAUCCCCAUCAUUGCAGAAUGCUACGAUAGUCCCACCAGGCAUAGCCUACUACUCAAGCCGCAUGUCCUGCCAUCUCACGGGCCCAAGCCACCUGCCUAUGGAUCCCAGGACUGCCUCAUGA